UUCGAUGGAACCCUCUCAUACCUCCAUCCACCGUCUCUCUCGCUUGCUCAAAGCGGCGGAAACCGAGUGCUACUACUUCAGGAGGACCGGUGGGGAAGAGCUCCUUCCGCCGUCUCGUCUGAGCUGAAGCAACCAAAAUGGCACGUGGAUUGAAGAAGCAUUUAAAGAGGCUCAAUGCUCCCAAGCAUUGGAUGCUCGACAAGCUAGGCGGUGCAUUUGCGCCUAAGCCAUCCUCUGGACCUCACAAAUCCAGGGAAUGUUUGCCCUUGAUCCUCAUUCUGCGUAACAGGCUGAAAUAUGCUCUUACGUAUCGUGAGGUCAUUGCCAUCCUGAUGCAGCGCCAUGUUCUUGUUGACAACAAAGUCAGGACAGAUAAGACUUACCCUGCUGGUUUCAUGGAUGUGGUAUCAAUUCCCAAGACAAAUGAGAACUUCCGUCUCCUCUAUGACACUAAGGGCCGAUUCCGACUCCACAGCAUUAGGGAUGACGAGGCAAAGUUCAAGCUUUGCAAAGUUCGUUCAAUCCAGUUUGGGCAGAAAGGCAUCCCAUACCUUAACACCUAUGAUGGCCGGACUAUCCGCUACCCAGAUCCUGUGAUCAAGGCUAAUGACACCGUCAAACUUGACCUUGAGGCCAACAAGAUCACUGACUUCAUCAAAUUUGAUGUCGGGAAUGUUGUCAUGGUUACUGGAGGAAGGAACAGGGGACGUGUUGGAGUUAUCAAGAACCGCGAAAAACAUAAGGGAACUUUUGAGACCAUUCACAUCCAAGAUGCACAGGGCCACGAGUUUGCUACUCGUUUGGGCAAUGUGUUCAUCAUCGGAAAGGGAACAAAGCCUUGGGUCUCCCUUCCUAAGGGCAAGGGUAUUAAGCUGUCCAUCAUUGAGGAGGCAAGGAAAAGGCUUGCAGCUCAGGCAUCCGCAACUGCGUGAGUUUACUUUUGAUGCAUGUGUUGGAUUAGCAGCAGACUGGCAGUUGUUAUUUAGCUACAAGAGGAUUUUGGGAAGUGGGCAUUUUGUUUUCUGUUCCAUUGCAAUUCUGACUAAUUUUGCUCUUUCGAAUUAGAUUUUCCUGUCAAUUUU